GUAGAAACAGGUGGGGUACAAAAGGAAAGAUAAGGUCUAGAAACUUAGUAAAACUUGUGCUCAAAUUCAGUGACUUUGUACAUGCAGAGUGACCCCCUCGGGUGACUCUUAUGCUUGUUAUCAAGCCUAUUCCUGGUGUCAUCAGUGCGACUACUACUACUCAGCUAACCCACCUCCCAGCAACAAUCUCACAAAGCCCUCCUCAGUCUAGCGGAUGAAAUAUGGAGAUGUCUGGUGACAUGCCGCCUGAGUUGCUGGAGAACAACGCCGAACAUGCUUAUUUCAUGAAGCAGGCGUUAAUGAUGGGAGAAAAAGCCCUUGCAACCGGUGAAACCCCGGUUGGCUGUGUUCUGGUGUAUGACAACAAGAUUGUUGGUUCUGGAAUGAAUGAUACAAACAAAUCUAUGAAUGGUACAAGACAUGCCGAGUUCAUUGCCAUCGGAGAAAUGCUCCAAACUUAUCCAAGGUCAGCACUGCGUUCAACAGACCUCUAUGUAACUGUUGAACCGUGUGUCAUGUGUGCAUCUGCUUUGAGACAAUAUCAGAUACGAAAAGUAUAUUUCGGCUGUGGAAAUGACAGGUUCGGGGGAACCGGUAGCAUUCUAUCACUACAUGCCGAUCGCUCGAUAGAUCCACCAUACCCGGUGCAAGGCGGGUUGUUCCAUAAGGAAGCUAUCAUGUUGCUUCGGCGCUUCUACAUACAAGAAAAUGAGAAGGCGCCCAAGCCCCGCCCUAAAAAGCAUCGUGAAUUAAAAACGGAUUUCGACCAGGAAGUCCUCAUUGCCUCCCCUACACCCUGAGCGGGAACGGGUUGUACUUAGUCGAACGGCCGCACAAUGAAGGAAGCUGAGGGCUAAGCAUCUUCGAUGUCGUGUAGAAGCGAUCAAGGUGAACGCAAGAGCCAAUGAAACGUUAACGAGCCGAUCCUUAUACCGUCUUUCAUGUCACAAGUUUAGGAGCUAGCUUGCUUCAACCGCUCGGCUUCCAGCUCCCGCUCGGCCUGCUGAUAGUACUUGGCCGUGUCGACGCCAUGCUUGUAUUGCAGUUAGUAACAAAAUUUAUACCCGACGCUGAUGGUUGUGUAUGAAAGGUGAUGGCUCUUCCAUUGUACGUACCUGGUCAUGGUUGACAAGGUUGAACCAUGGAAGAACAUGGAUGAACAGCUCAGAGUAUCUAGAGUUUCGAGCAGCAACGCCUUGC